GGCAGACAGACAUAUCAUCUCCUCAGCAGAACAAAGACCCUCCUCUUCUACUCUCCUCUCCUCUUCCUCCCCCCCCACAAGUUUCGUUUGCUCUCUCUCUCUCGAAUGGAAAUGCUCGCUUCACAUCUAUAGUUUUUUUUUUUUUUUCGAGUUUGUCUUGGAGUUGUUUUUGUCCCCAGUGAUUAGUCCCUCCUAACUUAACUCCAUACUACCUGCUCUCCACACCACUCCGAAACUCAACCCUCCCCACCAACCAACUCGCCUCCCAACGGCCAAAAAAUUGAUGACUUAACGAGACACACGACACAAAUUCAGAAUACAGCCGCCUGUUGGGCAAGAGAUACCCUUGUGUGGAACUCAGCCGUGAUGAGUUCCCACAGCGCGGAGUCACUCAAUUGCUUUUCCUUGCUCUCGGACAAGAUCCCCUCCUGGAUCUCUCGAGUCUCCGAGCUCGCCGUCCACACCGCCGCAAAGCAGGAAGAAUUCAAGUCCGACUACAUCAAGUACUCAGUCAAGGAGAAACGGCCGCGAAGACGGAAAGGCAGCUCCCUCCACACCCACAGGCCCGAGGAUGAAGAGUCGGGGUGCAAAACCCGCGUGCCGUCCGAUCCACACGAUCCGUGCUUGGAGCCCCUUACCCGUAUGAAGAUAUUAAAGCAGCCCGGCGGAGAUGUUAAUAAUAAUAUUAAUCGGAAGCGCCGCACGGGCGAAGACGCCAGCGGCCCCUCUGAUCAAGAAACGGAGCGGGCGAUCAGACCUCGCCAUCAGUUCCUCAUCCACUACGAUUGUCAUUCCCAGGCGGUCCUGGAGAAACUAGUACGCGAGAUCGGUGGGGCGAGAAAUCAAAUACGGAAAAGCAGGAUGAGCUACAUGAUGAAGUCCGGGUUUGGGCGGAAAUCGGUGCAACCAGGCUUCUCGUCCGAUGACGGAAUGAAGCCCAUUUUCAGAAGCACCAGGAGCUUUAACAAAUCCGCAGGAAAGGAGUCACCGUUCGAUGUUGCCGAUAUUCACUUGGAGUCUGCGCAGGCCUUGUGUGAGACGGCUGCGCACCAGUUCCUACGGAACGGUGAUUGUUCGUUCGAGUUGAGUAGAACUAAAGAGAAACUCGACCUGGCUCUUGACGUGGCAAAGGUCGAGGUCGAGCGAUCGUCGGAGGCGGUCAGGAUUGAAGAAGCAGAGGCGGAGGCGGAAGCAAUGGCCAAGGAGGAAGAAAAUCAACGCGAAGCCGAACUGCUGCCAGCAGAGCAAAAGAUUGAAAAAGACGGAAAGGGCGCGGAUGGUCCACCGACUGCUAUCGAGGUCGAUGAUGCAUCCGAUAAUUCUUCUAUAUCCAUCGACAUUACGGCAUUCCGAUCAUCCAGGUUGAGAAGAUGAUUGAAGAUAAAAAUAUUGUUUGGCAUAUUUUGAAAGUUUUACGGCCGGCAGAGUUUUUGAUAUAUAAAAAACUUUCUUGAUAUCCCCGGAUACAUUUGCGCAGGGCUUUUUUUUUUUUUUUUCUUUUCUUUGGCAUAUUGACCCAUUCUCGCUCAUUUCUUCACCCCGAAACUUUCGUUCCUUUUUAUUUCUGUUUGUUCCUUCAUGUUGGCAUAUACAAACAGGAAGUGUCGGAUCUUUCAACCGCACUUGGUCUCCUGCUGAUGAUAGCGUUGACUAAAUUUUGGGCUUGCAUGGCGUUCAUGAUAUGAUAUUUUGGUCUAGCGACUUCCUGCUCAUAAUACAGUCUCUGUUGUGAUUGCUAUAUUUAUCCUGGGCCUUUGAUUCCUGAGUACGGAGUAUUCGCACCCAGUUUCAUAAUAAGAGACCGGCGAAUCUACCACCUGAAAGCACCUCUUUUAGAGUUUACAAUCUCAUCCGGGCCUUAUUUCACAGGCUU